AUGCCUACAGUCGUCAAACCAAACCCACGCCUCGUUGGUGUGAACGCAGACAGCGUAGCAACCUCGGCAGCCGGCCUGCUUAAAUCGGUUUCAUACCACGACUUCUACCACAAUGACAUCCUGCGCACUUCUUUUGAGUCUCUGAACAUACAUUCAGGUGUCGUCGCGCGAGAGAACGGUUUCUCGAACACAAUUAUCCGCGCUUUUCAGCAAGAUCUGCACUUGACUCUGCGGCCAGAUGACGUGUGGCUGGCCGUCGUCGUGCAACUCAGCUUUUUCGUCAACGGCGGAGGUAGAGCCGAAACGCUUCGCGAUAAGUUUGUGCAACACGAAGGCCGUAGGCAUCUCGUCAUAGAUGCCCGGCCAGCUGGGUUAGCCGCAGUUGAUAUUAACGACGUCGUCAGUCAGCUUGUGCAGCUGGUGAAGGACGGUCUUCGAGACCCCGAGAUUGCGACUCGACUGCUACUCGAGUUCAGCACGACGACCGACGAUGAGCGGGCCACCGCUGCUAUGGCAUUCUUGGGUACCAUGAAGAAUUACUUCAGCUAUGAAGUCCGAAUCGGCUGCGGCUUCCCCUCAGUCACGUUACUGGGCGAACGGGAAGAUUGGGUCAAGAUGCUGGAUGGACUGGAAAUUUUGUCGUCGCUCAGUGAUGAGACGGUUGAGUGGACCGCCUGCUUGUCCAAAGUGCUUGAAUACAUGGUGGCCAGUUUCGACCGGCCGCACGACGAAGACGUGAAGAGCUUUUGGAUGCGCGCGGUCUACGAGUCUGGACAGAGAGGAUCCGGGACGCUAGUCACGUUUUCCGGCUAG